GAAAUAAGAAAACUUUUGAGAAUCAGUUUUCCAAAUCAAAUUUAUAUUACUCGUCGUAUAAUUUCGAUCAAAUCGGUAACAAAACAAAUAAACAAUACCUAGAAUAAAAUAAAAAAAAAAUAAAAAAAAACUAUUCGUAGGAACAAUUAUAAUAAUAAAAAUCGAAAUUUUGUUUUGAUAAAUGUGCGAGUGAAUUAAACGAAUGACGAGUUGCGCUAUGGAGUAUCAACAAUUGGCACCUCCACCGGUACCAACAGGGGUGUUACAUCAAGCUCAUCAUCCACAAACACAACAUCAACCACCACCACCCCAUCAACCUCAUCCACAUAUCGUUGUUGCUCCAGCUCAUCAACAACAACAACAACAACAAUCUCAACCACAAUCUCAAUCGCAAUCUCAAUCACAAUCACAAUCACAAUCUCAACAACAACAACAACAACAGAGUCAAGUUCAACAACAACAACAACAGCAACAAUCUUUACCACCAACUUCACAUGGUCAUCAGGUUCAUGCACCUUUACCACCAAUUCAUGAUGACAGUACUAGCUCACGAUGGACACAGUAUCAACAUCUUUGGCGACAGCAUCAUGUUUAUAUGAACGGUAGGAACUUUGGGAUUAGAGGAGGAGGA